GCCCGGCCAUGCGAUUUGGAAAGUUUGUCGAAGCGCUUGCGCUUAUUCUCUCCAUACAUUGUUGUUCUGGGUGAAGUGCCCUCAGUUCAUGUGACCGCGGCUGGUAUACAUGUCGAGGGAUUGUCGACCGCUUCCAACAGACCGAGAUCCUAUCGCGCGCGUAGAAUAUUACACCGCCACCAUUCACACCCUUGAUAAGUCUUGCUUUCCCUAUUGAAUCUAGGAUUAAUAAUUGAGCCGCAUAUGAAACAAAAAUAGCAUUAAGUGAAAUUCGGACAAUAUUUUAGAGUUGUCUUUAUUGCUCAUUGCCGAGAUACCCCUUACUUUCUUUCCAAAUUUCUCGGAACGGAUACUCACUCAUAAUCAUGUCAUUUGAUCACAAAUCCAUAUUCGCGAAUUCAGACGAGGAACCUCUUUUCCCACAAUUUCGUAAUCUGCCACCAGAGCUUCGUCUACAUGUCUGGAAAUAUGCACUUCCCAGCGGCCGGACGCUCAGGGUAAAAGUCGACGCCUAUGACGAUACGCGAGCUUCCCUGCAGGGAGACUUCUCGGCUAUUCCUUCGAUCUGUCAUGUCAAUUCCGAAUCUCGAUCUUUAGCUCUAAGCAUCAUUCGCAAUGGGCUCGGUCCCAACACUGAAGAAUCCGAUUUCUACUGGAAUCCAAAUACCGACACCAUCUACUUCCCACCCUCUGCAUCCUGGACUAGCGGCACGAUGGAAAAAUUUCUCUUCAAAGAAAACGUUCCCGCUUCGUAUCGAAACGACGGUAUCACGCCCGUAGUGCAACAUAUCGCCUUACCCCUAAACAUAUGGCUCGCGCAAGGCCUCUAUCUCGAGCCUCUCGAAUCUCGCUGGCUUCUCAACUGGCUGUACAAAUUCCCCAUGCUGCAAUCCGUUACCCUGCUCAUCGAGCCGUUUGAUCAAUGGCUCGGCCUCCCCAAUACCUCGAUCGUCUACCACGAACCGCUCGACGUUCCCAUGUCGCAGCUGCUCGGCCACAAACCCUCGCACAUACAAAAGAUGCUGGAGAAUUCGCUCUCGGAGUAUCGCGAUGCGAAUGAUGGGGCUUGGGAACCGCCCGCGGUGGAGGUCUUGGUGUUGGGUAUGAAGAAGUUUAAGCGCGCAAAGAAGUGUGUUGGGAAGAGAUCGAAUUUGGAUCGUGAUGAUGUCACGGGGAUUUAUGAACAUAGGAUUUCGAGGGAGGAGAAGAAUGCGAGGAGGUUGGCGAAUAGGUGGCCUGCGGAGAUUCAUGCGGUGGAGCAGUGGAGUUUGAUGGGGCAGCCGGAGGAGGAACCGGAUUUUUAGUUUUUUUUCUUGGGGAAGAGAUGGCGAUUGCCUGGGCUUGCCUGGGCAUUAUGUAUAGGGAGAUGAUGAGAAUUUGUUCGUAGGAGUAGAUUCCAGAUUGACUAGUAUAUCUAAUAAUUAUCAAAAACCGAUUUUCAGUAUUCAUUCGAUCUUGGUGUCUGAUUGUUAGAUGUAGAGUUUAUAACUCCUCUCUUAGAGAUGGAUAUGUCCCGGCUCCUGGUAUUUGAUAGUGCCCGAGUGGGUUCGAGGUGAUGAAUUAUUCA